AUGUCCUUCAAGCCAUACACGUUUGCUGCAGGAGCCAUCAGUGCUCUCGGAUUGGGCAUUCAUUUAACUGUUGGAGGCAAGCAUGUCGUGACACCUCUCUUGAAAAAGCAUGAAGAAAAACAAUUGAAUGAAAGAGUCACUAAUUUACUUUAUGCAUGUUGGCAUAUUACUUCCCUAACAUUGGCAGCGUCUUCAGCAGUCCUUGUUUCCUACGCAUUGGGACGAGAACAUUUGAUUGGAAAAUUGAUCAAGGUGACUCCAGAGUUGGUGGACUAUGUUUGUGAAGUGAACCUUGGUGCUGCUUUAUUGGCCUUGGAUCUUUCAUUGUUUGGAGUUGUGGAUCAAGAGAAGGAAGAAAACUUGGAAACCAAACAAAUUGUGUUGCGGCGAUUGACCAGAUUCCCUCAAUGGAUGGCAUUUGGACUCAUUGGACUUCUUCCAUUUGUUGAUAAGAGAUUCUUGGCAAAGAAAUAG